AUGGACAGUUGGUCUCAGCCAGCACAGGACAGUAACCACCUGAUCUUAAUUGAUUCUAGAAAGUCCUGUUUUGUGUUUCUUAGAAACAAACUGCAGCAGCAGAGUUCACAGCUAGAGGAGUUAGAGAGACAGAAAGCAGAGAUUCAUGACCUGCAGCAGCAGAACCAGGAGCUCAGUGUCCAGCUGGGGGCGCUGUCGCGCUCUGAAGGCGAGCUGACGGACGCCAACCAGAGACUGAGGGAGACUCUGGACAGAGUGAGGGAGGAGGUGCGGGCGACCCGGGCCCAGGCGGAGCGGAGCCAGCAUGAGGCAGAGAGGACGGUGGAGGACCGGCGGGCCGAGUGGUUGGAGGAGAAACACCGGCUGCAGGAGCGAGAAGCGGAGCUGCAGCAGAAAUACUCUCAGGCUAAAGAGAAGCUGCAGAGAGCAGCAGUGGCUCAGAAGAAGAGGAAACAUCAGACGGAGAACAGAGAGAAGAAGCUGCACGACAAGAUCCAGCUGCUGGAGGCUAAAAUCGAACAGCUGGAGCUGGAAGCUGCUGCCGCCAUAAAGAGACGGUCAGUGUUCUCAGAGGAGCAGGCGCAGCUGAAGCGGAGGCUGAAGGAGCUGCAGCGUCGGCACGACGACUUCCGCUGCCUCUUGCUGAGCGGUCAGGGCCCCGCCCUCAUGACCUCCACGCUCUCCCUCGGGGUCGAAGGGCGACUGGCUGCUGACCUGGAGGGAGAGUUCUCUCUGCUGCAGAGGAGACUGGAGAGUCUGGAGAACGCUCAGCAGCAGCAGCUGGAGGAACUGGGAUCACUGGUGCAAAAGGAGCACGAUGAACCUCCCAAACACGACCCCCUGACCCCUGACCCCUGACCCUGUCACUUUGGACUUAUAAACAUUUUGUAAUCGGACGGUGCUUUUUCAAGUCAGGUGCAUGAAAACAGUUUGCACAGAUGUAUUUUUCUAAAAAGUGAACCAGUUUCUUGUUUUUCUUCUUUGCCUAGAACAGAACCGACUCAGGAUUCAACCUGUUUACAUCUGGUUUAGACCAGGGGUCAGAAACUCACUGGUGCUCAACAGAACCUGCUUAACAUUUUCAAAUUUAGCUUAUUUUAUGGCUAAAAAAACAACAAUUUUAUAUCAUAGGAAAACUUAACUUUUACAGUAAAUUAAUGUUCCUUGUGGGAACAAGUCAUAUUUAUGCAAAAUGGAAAAAUGCAAUAUACUUUACAAAAUGUAAAAAAAAUAAAUUCUCCUGUGCCAUUAAAUGGUGUAUGAAAUAUCAUCAGCUUGCAGACCCUGGUCUAAACCACAGAGGAGGAAAUAAUUUGUAUGCAGCUGUGACAAAAAGCACGACAUGCUGCAACUUGCACAUGAGAUGAUGUACAGAUUGUUAUUUUUGCUUGAACAAUUACUCAGGGAUCUUUGUGACUCAUUUGUGGCUUCCUCUGUCUUAAUGUGAUAUUAAAUGCUACUGUUCGUCAGGUGACUUCUGUUUUAGCUCCUGAAACCUCCCAGAGUUUAGUUUCCAUCGUCUCUCUGAGGCUUUAGAGCAGAAGAUCCAGCCUGUUGGUCACAAACCUUCCCUGAACGUUAGCAGCUGAUCUCUGAAGCAGAGUUUCAGCUCCAUGUUUGCUGCAGGAGGCGACACGCGUUGCCAGUUCAGCGUUUGUCAUCCUAGAUGUGGAAGCAGCUCCUCCCUUCCUGUCGUAGUUCACGUCAGGUCAGCAUUAGCGCUCAGUUCCAGGAGCAGCUCUUCAGUCCGUCAAACAAGUCUUUGACAUGCUGCAGUUGCUCCAACAGCUCAGCGGGGGCGCCGUUACUGGACAGCUUCUCUUUAAUCUGCGGAAAAAUCCAGAUCGAUGUAAUGUGAACUCAUUUUCCUAAGAUCCACCAACAAUAAACACUAGAUUUCCCGUCACUCGUGUUUGUGCAGCUUCUGUUUU